AAAGUAUCUGUUAGAACUCCAAACUGAUAGGCACUCUACACAGAUCUCAACAUCACAUCACAGAAAUACACUUAGUAAAACAUUAAUAAAACGGCUUGGCUAUGUUCUUACAGUGUCCCUCGAUUUUGGGAGGAUCCCACAUCUGUCCACUUGAUGGCGAUUGGAGUCAGAGCACGGAGAAUUCAAGCGAUGUAUUGGAUGAGUCAAGGGUCAGCUCCGAGUCCUGCUACGGGCCAUCCUGUCGCCUGAAGUUCGCCCUGCUGGAGUACAAACAGUUCAAGGCCGCCAGGGUCAUCCAGUGCCACGUGAGGGGAUAUCUGGUCAGGAAGUGCCUCGACCGACGGGCCCAGGCGGCCACCACGAUCAGCAGGUGGUGGCGCGGCUUCUGGGUGCGCCGCGUCAAGUUCGCCAGCAUCCAGCUGCUGCUGCAGCAGCGGAUCAACCAGUACCACCACGACAUGGCCACCAAAAUACAGGCCCUCUUCCGCGGCUGGAUGACCCGCCAGUACUUCCAGGACUUCCAGGGCAUGAAGUCGCUGCGAAUGCAGUACGCCGAGGACAUGCUGAGCGCGCUCUACAGGAACCUCUACAAGAUGCGCAAGAAUCAUCUGCUGCCGGGCGUCUAUGCGCUGCGUGAAACUGACUUGCUAUCGAAGAUCGAGGAUCUUUCCAGUACCUUUGGCUUCCGCUUCCAUAACGGACGUGUUCGAGCGGCCAUUGCCAUGAAGCGAACCUUCAUUAACGACCGGCGAAAUGAGUUCAUAAGGUCCUGUACCUAUUCCAAGGCCCCGUAUCCGGGACCAUAUUCAGAUAACCUUCCAGCUGCAGAGUUUACCUUGCCGAAAAAGAUUGGACCGCGCUUGCAGCGCACUAUCUUGGUGUACGACAAGUCCAUGAGGGACAAGCACGUGGAAAAGGUCUACAUGAACUAUUCUACCAAACGUCGUAUUAGUAUGAAUGUCCUGCGUGAGGGCAAGCGCAACCGUUUCUGCAAGGACUUCAUAAGGCGAAUCAUGGCCAAUAAGCGCAUGGCCCGAAAGCAAGUGGACCGCAAAGCGAUUCAGAUCUUUCUAGAUGAUCUCCUGUCGGCCGCCGAUGAGUACAAUUGCUUCUGCAAGCCCAGGAUCACAGUGGAUAGCUUGUGCGAAUAGGUUGUUUCAGCCCCGGAUAGGUUGUUAUAAGCCCGAGGAAGUGCUGGAACAACCUAUUUGCCCUUUCAAUCUCUCAUUCAUUCCAAGACUUACAAAUUGUGAAUUUGUCGCAAAGAUAAUUGAUUAAUAAAUAAUUUAAAAAUCCCAAUAA